UUACGCUACGUACUCUGUUGACAGGACAGCGCGCCAAAUUUGGUAAACAAAGCAAGUGAAGCUUUCAGCCAGCUAUCCACCGUUUUGUUAAAUAAGAUUUCAAGUAAAGUUGACAGAUAGAGAUGGGGCUACUCGACCAGUGUCAAGCACUGUUCAACAGCUCCAGCCUCUACGGGGUGCUGGGCAUCUCCAAAGAGGCGACCGACGCAGAGAUCCGACGCAGCUACUACAAGGUGUCGCUCACGGUUCACCCAGAUCGUGCUCCCGAAGACCUGCAGGCAACAGAGAAAUUUCAGGUGCUGGGUAAGUUAUAUGCCGUGUUGAGUGACAAGGAGCAGAGGGCAGUGUAUGAUGAGCAGGGACUGGUGGAUGAGGAAUCUGACUCACUGCAGCAGGACCGAUGCUGGGAGGAGUACUGGAGGUUGCUGUUCCCUAAGAUCACAUUGCAGGACAUCCAGGAGUUUGAGAGGAAGUACAAAGGCACGGAGGAGGAGAGGCAGGAUGUGAUGCAGCUUUACCUGCAGCACCAGGGGGACAUGGACGCCAUCAUGGCCUCGGCCCUGUGCUGCACUCAGGAGGACGAGCCCAGGAUCACAGCCCUUAUACAGUCUGCCAUCCAGGCAGGGGAGCUCACCGCCUAUCCUUCAUUCAUUCAGGAAAGCACCAGGAAGAAGAAAGCACGCAAACAGAAGGCUGAUGAAGAAAGACAAGAAGCUGAGGAGAUGCAGAGAGAGAUGGGACUCGAUGACUCUGAUGACAGUCUUGUAAUGAUGUUGAAGCAAAAGCAGAAGUCCAGAGAGCAGAAUUUUAACUCUUUCCUCUCUGACCUGGAAGCCAAAUACUCCAAGAAGGGAGGAAAAGCCAAAGCAGGAGGGAAAGGAAAAAAGUGAAGACUUCAAACCCUUUAGUAUAGAGGACACGGUAUAUAUCACUUUCAUCUUAUUAAGAAGUAUUUUGUAGAUGUAUGUGGACAGCAACUUGUGUAUUCCAUAUACAUCCACACCAAAUCUUACAUUAGUUGGUGACUUGUCUGUGUCUUGUCAAAGGCAGCAUUUCUUUAUUGUAUGUGUUCUAUAAUCGAAGAGGCCUGAAAAAACAUUACAUCUGUAUUUAUUUGAAUCGCAUUUGUACACCUUUUAUUAUUUAAUAUAAAAUAGAGGGAUUAUCUUCCAAAGGAAUCCAUACAGAACUAUGCUGCAUUUCAAGCUUUAUUAAUGCCAUCUACCAGGGUGACCUUCCAGUGCAGCCUAACUCUAUAAGAAGUCAAAGAAGACCUCCAUGUUAGUUCAUUCUCCUGACUCUGUUCUAUAAUGUACAUGAGCUGAAGCCAUAGAAAUAAAAGGAGACCUGCAGUUCUGUACAGAAGGCCCUUCCAUCUCAGUCAUAGUUAGGAAAUGCAAGGAAGCACCACUGUAACUUGUGGUAAGCACACAAGGAACUAGAAACAUAAAUGUGCUUGUAAAAAUCCUAUUAUAUUUCGCAGAAAACUUCUAAGUUGCCCUGCCAAAAACCUUUGAUCAAAACUUGACACCUGCAUGCCCCUCAGUCACACAUCUAGCACGUAUUUCUAUACAAAUUGCCUUUACUGAUCUAGGCUCUGCUAGCACCUCUGCUGAAAGUAGCAUAUGGCUUCUACUGCAGUGAGGUGAAUCUCUUAUUCCCUCGCAUGUCUCCUGUGGCUUACACUAAGCCCUCAUCACAUAAACGCUUGUGAGGAAAACACCAAAUACCUACCCAUUUAGUUAGCGUCUAAGGCUUGUCUUGUCUCUCCCUGUUAAGGUAUGCUAUGUGAAACCCCGAGGUUUUGUGCUUGUCUUUUUUACAUGGGAAAAUAAAAGUAAUGUUCUUAGAAAAGUACAAAGCAGCCUGACGAAGCAUGUCAGUGUGCAAAAUGCUUUUGUUUCUCCCUGUUUAGUUGGACUUGCCAUUUGGGUCAUUCUACGAAAAUGGUGUCUUUCCUGUCCCAUGCCUUGACCACCAUGAAAAACACUUAAAUAUGUAAGAUAAUGACACAAUGUUUUUGUUUUAAUUUAAGUGUUUUAUUGUUAAUAAAACAUAUGUAAGACAGUUAUAUUGCAAACUAUUUUUCAUAUAUAUACAGCUCUGGAAAAAAUUAAGAGACCACUGCAAAAAUAUAAAUUUCUCUGGUUUUACUAUUUAU